UAUCAUUCAGUACCAACCGAUGGUUGGAGAGGAAAACUCAUAAAACCGGUCUCCCGUUGGCCCACACGCUCAUUCAUACUUCGUUCGACCUUCAGAGCAGCGCGCGACAAAGUUUACUCAGCUGAAGUUAAGUGCCUAGUCGUCUUGGCGAGUUCGAAAGGGAAAGUUCAAAUCUAAUCAUGGAAUAUAAAGUUAGCGCGCCGACGGUUCUUCGAGAGCCGCUCGUGGUUCCAGACAAACUGUUGAUGGGACCGGGACCAUCGAAUGCCCCACAAAGGGUGCUGGAUGCGAUGAGCAAACCCAUUUUGGGGCAUUUGCAUCCGGAAACUUUGAAGAUUAUGGACGACAUAAAGGAAGGUGUUCGGUAUCUGUUUCAAACGAACAAUACGGCAACGUUCUGUUUGAGUGCUUCCGGACAUGGUGGCAUGGAGGCAACGUUGAGUAAUCUGUUGGAGGAUGGUGACGUUGUGCUGGUUGGUCAUACUGGGCACUGGGGUGACAGAUCUGCAGAUAUGGCAACUCGUUUGGGGGCCGACGUGAGAACCGUGAAGUCAAAACUCGGUCAAUCUUUAAGUUUGGAAGAAAUACGCAGCGCGUUGCUGCUUCAUAAGCCAUCGUUGCUGUUCCUCACGCAAGGAGAAUCUUCCACUGGCGUUUUACAAGGGCUGGAAGGUGUGGGAGCUCUGUGUCAUGAACAUAACUGUCUGCUAGUGGUCGACACCGUGGCGUCCUUGGGAGGAACGCCGUUCUUCAUGGAUCGCUGGGAAGUUGAUGCCGUCUAUACAGGGUCACAGAAAGUGCUGGGUGCCCCACCCGGUAUAACUCCAAUGUCGUUCAGUCACCGAGCAGUGGAGCGUUACAAGCGCCGUAACAGCAAAGUGAAGGUAUACUACUAUGAUAUGGGAUUGGUGGGCGAUUACUGGGGAUGCUUCGGACGGCCAAGAAUAUACCACCACACGAUUUCCGCAACUCUGCUGUACGGGCUUCGGGAAGCUGUUGCGAUGGCCUGUGAAGAAGGUCUACCCUCAAUGAUUGCCCGCCAUCAGGAAUGUGCCCGUCGGCUGUAUCGCGGUCUUGAAGCAGCCGGGUUUGAGCUGUUUGCGGAUCCGAAAGACCGCAUUCCCACGGUAACCACAAUCAAGGUACCUUCCGGGAUCGACUGGCUGAAGGUUGCCCAGCAUGCAAUGAAAACGUAUCUGGUGGAGAUCAGUGGCGGACUUGGACCCACUGCCGGACAAGUGUUCCGCAUAGGAUUGAUGGGACAAAACGCUACGACGGAACGCGUUGAUCGCGUACUGCAGGUUUUCUCCGAUUCCAUAAAGGCUGUGAAACCGGAUUUACAGAUGAAGGGUAAAAUGUAAUCAUGCGCUACCCAAUCGAUGUUGAUUCUAGACAAUUGAGCUUUUUAAACAGAUUUUAGCAUUUUGAAAUAAGUGUAGGUAUAUCACACACAAGAAGGUAUAUCGUCUUAGAAGAAAAAACGAAACCAUAACGAAGUGUUCGGAUUCAAAAUAAAAUUUAGAGUUUUAGUUUAGGCAACUGCUGAUGAAAUAUGAUUAUUUAAAUUAAAAAUGCACAAAAAAAGCAA